UUUGGUCAGUUUUUAAUUUUAAUUUAAUUGCUCCAUUGUCCUGAGUUCGUCAAUCUCUUUAUAGUUAUAUAGAUCAACAACGUUUAUUGAUCAUCCACCACUUCUUCCUCCAUAUAUUCCACACACUCCCUCAAUCAUGGAUUCAAGUUCAAAUGAAAUAAUUCACCAGUGGGGCUCAUAUAUUCGUGUAUACAAAGAUGGACGUGUAGAAAGGUUCUUCGGCACCGAUAAAGUUCCGUCAUCCAUCAAUUCUACAGAUGGGGUAUCAACCAAAGACGUGCUAAUCGCUCCCGAAAUCGACGUAUCAGCACGUAUUUUUAUCCCUACGAGCACCAUAAAUUCAGGCCACAAACUCCCUCUCCUAAUCUAUUUUCAUGGUGGAGGGUUCAGGGUUGGAUCACCAUUCUGUGCAACAUAUCAUAAUUAUCUGACCUCUGUUGUCACUGCAGCCAGUGUUGUUGCUGUUUCUAUUGAUUACAGAUUGGCCCCUGAGUAUCUAGUCCCAACAUGUCAUGAGGACUCAUGGGUUGCCCUAAAAUGGGUGGCAUCACAUUCUAAUGGUGAAGGUCCUGAAGAAUGGAUAAGGGACUAUGCUAAUUUUGGCCAAGUUUUUCUUGCUGGCGAUAGUGGAGGUGCCAAUAUUGCACAUGACUUGGCUGCUCAAGCUGGGAUAGAAAAUCUAAAUGGAGUGAAGUUAACGGGACUCUGUUUAGUCCAUCCAUAUUUUGGGAGUAAAGAUAGCGUGGACGAGUCGUGGAUUUUUGUGAGCCCAACUACAAGUGGGUUAGAUGAUUUUAGAUAUAAUCCAGCUGCUGACUCGAGGAUGGCUAGCCUGGGGUGCACCAGGGUGCUAAUUUGUCUGGCUGAGAAGGAUGCGCUGAGACAGAGAGGGUUGUUUUAUUAUGAGACAUUGAGGAAGAGCGGGUGGGGUGGAGAGGUGGAGAUUGUGGAGACAGAAGGAGAGGGCCAUGUGUUUCACUUGUUUAACCCAAAUUGUGACACCGCCGAAGCCUUAUUAAAGAAGUUGGCCUCGUUUAUUAACCACGGCUAGGCUUCCUUUCACUCCAUUGACCGUGGUUGCAGGGGUGAUGCAAAUGGAGAGGAGUUUGAUGGAGUUUCUGUUGAAAAACAGCAUGAUCAAUCCAAGAAUAAUGGUGACACUGCUAUUGAAUUUGAUGAAGGUCGUAGCAUGUCCGGGAAGGAUAAUCCCAGCAAUCAUACUACUGUGAAAGUCUAUCAGAGAAGGAAGCCUUUGGUUAACGGUGGAAUUAUCAGAUUAUAUUAAUUAUUAGUUAUAGAAUUCCAUAUCAGCAGUUAGUUUCUUAAUAGCAAUUAUUAUUAAUGUUUAAUAAUAAUUGCUAUUAUGGUGGUAGAGAGAUUUUUUCUGAGAUUAUUAUUGGAGAGAUUCCAAUUUAUGGGAGAGACUCCCAUAUUUUGGCAGUGAGAUUCUGCCUGUUCUGAUGUAAUUCUUACUUUCUUGAAAGUAAUCAAUACAGCAGUUCUCUAUUUACAGAUUUUGUUA